AACUAGGCCAAAACUGAUCCAUGCGCUGCGGGGCGGGGCGGGCGCCAGAGAAAGCCCAGAGCAAGACCCUACCUAUUUUCAAAGUCUCUUCACUCCAACUUCUUUCAUCACCCAACGAAAAACUUUUCCCCAUCGUGCAUUCCACCAUCAUCACUUGGGCCUGCGAAAGCCUGACUCUAUCAAAGUUCACUGUCUACCCGACAUCCCCCGCCGCCUGGUCUGGUCCAUCGUUCUAUCUAUCUAUCUAUCGACUGGCUCACCUCAAACUGCCUGCCAUACCCACCACGGCCUAUCUCCCAUCGGCGAAACCGACAUCAUGUCUGAACGUUAUAUCCCCGAGCAUCGCAGAACUCAGUUCAAGGCGAAGAACACAUUCAAGCCCGAGGAGCUUCGUCGCCGCCGUGAGGAGCAGCAGGUUGAGAUCCGCAAGGCGAAGCGCGAGGAGAACUUGGCCAAGCGCCGUGGCAUUGGCACUGGUGCAGACCGUCCUGGCGCGUCUCUCGGUGCUGCCCCCGACAGUGACGAUGAGAACCCUCCCAGCGAGUCUCAGCUCAACGAGGACCUCCCUCAGAUGGUGGCUGGCGUCUUCUCGGAACAGAUUGACGCUCAGAUCCAGGCCACCACCAAGUUCCGCAAACUGCUCAGCAAGGAGCGCAACCCCCCAAUCGAAGAGGUCAUCAAGACUGGCGUUGUGAGCCGCUUCGUCGAGUUCCUCCGCUCUCCCCACACUCUUGUCCAGUUCGAGGCCGCCUGGGCUCUUACCAACAUUGCCUCGGGCUCUGCUGCGCAGACCCAGGUUGUUAUCGAGGCCGGUGCCGUUCCCAUCUUCGUCGAGCUCCUGGGCAGUCCCGAACCUGAUGUCCGCGAGCAGGCCGUGUGGGCUUUGGGCAACAUUGCCGGUGAUAGUCCCAGCUGCCGUGAUUUCGUCCUGGCCCAGGGUGCCCUCCGCCCUCUGCUUGCUCUUCUCGGUGACAGCCGCAAGCUUUCCAUGCUCAGAAAUGCCACCUGGACCUUGAGCAACUUUUGCCGCGGCAAGGCUCCCCAGCCCGACUGGGCUACCAUUGCCCCUGCUCUUCCAGUUCUCGCCAAGCUGGUCUAUUCUCUGGAUGACGAGGUCUUGAUCGACGCGUGCUGGGCUAUCUCUUAUCUCUCCGACGGUGCCAAUGACAAGAUCCAAGCCGUCAUUGAGGCUGGCAUCCCCCGCCGUCUUGUGGAGCUCCUCAUGCACGCCUCGACCUCUGUUCAGACCCCAGCACUCCGCUCCGUCGGCAACAUAGUCACCGGCGACGACGUUCAGACCCAGGUCAUCAUCAACUGCGGCGCUUUGCCCUGCCUUUUGUCUCUGUUGAGCUCCAACAAGGACGGCAUUCGCAAGGAGGCCUGCUGGACCAUCUCCAACAUCACGGCCGGCAACUCGGCUCAGAUCCAGUCGGUUAUUGACGCCAACAUCAUUCCUCCUUUGAUUCAUCUGCUCUCCAACGGCGAUCUCAAGACGCGUAAGGAGGCCUGCUGGGCAAUCAGCAACGCCACGUCGGGUGGUCUCCAGAAGCCCGAGCAGAUCCGCUACUUGGUUCAACAGGGCUGCAUCAAGCCCCUCUGCGAUCUCCUCGCCUGCCCGGAUAACAAAAUCAUCCAGGUCGCCCUCGAUGGUUUGGAGAACAUCCUCAAGGUCGGUGAUCUUGACAAGCAGGCUGCCGGCGACGGACCCGAGUCGAUCAACAGAUUUGCUCUGUUUAUCGAGGAGUGCGGCGGUAUGGAAAAGAUCCACGACUGCCAGACCAACGCCAACGAGGAGAUUUACAUGAAGGCGUACAACAUCAUCGAGAAGUACUUCUCGGACGAGGAGGAGAACGCGGAUGAGUCUAUGGGCCAGCCUCAGCAGUUUGGCUUCGGUGCGAACGGUGCCCAGCAGGGCGGCCAGGGCGGCUUCAACUUCGGCGCCAAUGGCACCGAGUCGAUGGAUAUGUAA